AUGAAGCUCCUCACACUCAACUUCCUCACAUGCGCUCGGAAGUCAUGCAAAUCCUCCCCCGCCGCGUUUCCUCUACAUCCCAAAGAAGCCGAACUCGAACAAGUUGAGCUCGAUCUAAAUCCGCUAUUCCUCACGAACAUGCUGCCGAGACUGGACUGGGCAGCGAUGAAAACUUUGGCACAAGAACUUGGUCUGCCCAAUCUUCCUGCUGAGACUCCCGCCGCCGAGGAGAUGGAGUCCGAGGACGGCGAACCUUCGCAAACGCUCAAGGACCUGCAUACACUGCUGAUGGAGACGAGUAUUGCAUCGGGAAAGUUGGUUUGCGGAAACUGUGAGCAUGAGUAUGCUGUGAAGGAGGGCAUCGCGAACUUUCUCCUGCCGAGCCAUCUGGUUUGA